UUCUGGGCCGCUUACGUUCCCUGCGAUGCGGCACAGCUUAACGCUGUUCAACUUUCUCUCGAACAAAUCGACGUAAUUCGUCGACUAGCCGAAAUGAAUGCUCAACAUUUAACUCUGGUUACUUCUGUCAAAGGCCUGAUCGAGGCACAUCGCGACGGAAAAAUUGCAAGUCUGAUCGGAGUCGAAGGUGGUCAUUCACUUGGGAAUUCCUUAGGUGUUCUCAGAACAUUUUACGGCCUGGGGGCACGAUAUCUUACUUUGACGCAUGCCUGUGACACUUCCUGGGCAGUAUGUUCAGUUGGCGAGAUGAAUAACACUCAGGAUGAGACACCUGGGCUCAGCGAAUUUGGAAAGGCGGUGGUAAGGGAAUUGAAUAGGUUGGGCAUGCUGGUGGAUCUCUCUCAUGUUUCCACAAGGACGAUGAGAGCAGCACUGCAAACGACUAGGGCACCAGUGAUUUUCUCUCACAGUGCUGCAAGGGCACUCUGUAAUUCCAGUAGAAAUGUACCGGACGACGUACUCAGAAAUCUAGCAAAAAAUGGUGGAGUGGCGAUGGUUCCAUUUUAUACGUAUUUCAUAACGUGCAACAACACCGCCACCAUUAAGGAUGUUAUUGCACACAUUAAUCACAUACGAAAGGUGGCAGGGAUCGAUCACGUUGGAAUAGGAGCUGGCUUCGAUGGAAUUAAUUUCACUCCCAUUGGCCUGGAAGAUGUAUCAAGAUACCCUCAAUUACUGGCAACACUCUUAGAGGAUCCAACGUGGACCGAAGAAGACAUCAAAAAAUUAGCUGGCCUCAAUUUACUAAGGGUAUUCGCUAAAGUUGAACAGGUACGCGAUGAAUGGCACAGAGCGGCUGUUUUACCUGUGGAUAAAAUUAGUCCACCAGAUAAUUCGGCCUGUACGUAUGGAGCAUCCUGAUCUUCUUCUUCAUUUCGUGCGUUGACAUCGAGAUAUCUGGAAUUUAUAAGAUCGUCGAAAAUUCGACACGUUUUGCGCUUUUACAAAUCCUUUUAAAAAGUGCAAACGUAAAGAAGAAAAAGAAGAAAAAGAAGAAGAAGACAAAAAUAACCGAGAGUUUGUUCCUUUAUGAAAAAACUCCUUCCUGGUCUUCCAAAGACCCUAUCGCGCCUUAAAUGGAAAAGAAAGCUUAAUGGUUAUUGGAUAAUCUGGAAUAAAAAAAAAGAAAAAAAAAAAUACACACCUUCAGAACAUUUGUGUUCCCUGUGACUCUCUAUCAUUUUAUAUUUUUUCCUUUAAUUAAAAUAUUACAGACAAAUACAUUCUGAAAUUUUCUAUUUGAAUUAUCAUCUAUUUUCACGUGUGAGUUAUUGUUUUUCUUCUUA